AUGGCGUAUGGCGUGCCGCCGAUCAUCAAGUAUGGGAGUAAGGAGCUGCAGGAGAGGGUGCUGCCGGAUCUGUUGAUGGGCAGGGCGAGGGCGUGUAUUGCGAUUACGGAGCCGGGCGCGGGGAGCGAUGUGGCGGGGAUUGAGGCGACGGCGGUGAGGAGUGAGGAUGGGGGGGAGUACGUGGUUAAUGGGCAGAAGAAAUGGAUCACGAACGGCAUCUGGGCCAACUACGCCACGACCGCCGUCCGCACUGGCGGCCCCGGACCCGGCGGCCUCUCGCUACUCCUAAUCCCACUCCAGUCCCCCGGCGUGACACUGCGCAAGCUGGCAGUGACCGGUAUGGCAACAUCAGGGACCACCUUCAUCACCCUCGAAGACGUCCGCGUCCCCAUCUCCAACCUCAUCGGCGCCGAAGGCCAAGGCAUGAAAAUGAUCAUGACCAACUUCAACCACGAGCGGCUCUCCAUCGCCAUCGCCACCACGCGACAGGCCCGGGUCGCCGUCAGCUCCGCGCUCGAAUACGUUCUCGCGCGCGAGGCGUUCGGCAAGGCGCUAGUCGAGCAGGCCGUUGUGCGGCACCGGCUGGCAAAGGUGGGUGCGCGCGUGGAGAGCCAGUGGGCGUGGGUUGAGAGCGUGGCGUGGAGGAUGCGGCAGGGAGAGGCGGACAUGGGCGGUGUGUUGGCGCUCGUGAAGGCGAGUGCCGGGAUGGUGCUGGCGGAGGCGGCGAGUACGGCUGUUGUGCUGCUGGGUGGGAAUGGGCUGACGAGGAGUGGGAGGGGCGAGUUGGUGGAGAGGAUUUAUAGGGAUGUGCCGGGCGCGGUGGUGCCCGGGGGGAGUGAGGAUGUGAUGCUGGAUUUGGGCGUGAGGGAGUUGGUGAAGAAUUAUAGAAAGGCGAUUAGGAAGUUGGAGGCUGGGUCGAAGUUGUAG